AUGAGGGCAGUUCCUGAAUGGUGCCUAGGUGGGACGUGGGUCACCGGGCAAGUAAGACCUUAUAUUAGGCUGUAUCAGCUGUGCGGCUGCUAUCCGUCACGAGACGGAAUCCGCCUGGCAUGUCCAAAGAGGUGGGUCCUAAAUUCCUGCCUGGAAAAGGAAUUUAAAAAGCAGUUAAUAUCGCAAAAAAGAAUAAGAGCAUAA